AAGGAGGAGUGUUGGAGAAGCUGUGAUGUUGGUAUCACAAAACAGCAAAAUGGUGCAGCAAGAAGCUGCAUUCAUGGUGCAACAAUGGAAGAAAGAAAAAUGCAGCAAACUGCUGCAUUAUGGAGGAAAAUGAAUUAAAAUUGAGAUGCAAAUCGAGGCUGCAAAUUAGUCAACAAAAGUGCAGCAAUGUGAUAGUGUUUUAAUGUACUUUUUUUAAUGUUAGUUUAUGAAUUGUAAUCCUUGAUUUAAAGGUUAGGAUAGAUUUUGUAGGAGACAUGUAACCAAAAAUCAUGGAAAGUGAAAAACACUGUUUUUAUGUUGAAUUUUCUGCUAUAAAUGGGCAGACAUGUUAAUUGAAAUAUGAGAGAGUUGGAGAACAACUUCUCUCCACCGGUUGGAUGAAUGUCUGCGCCCUUACAAGUU